GAUAAGGAUCGCGCUGCCGCAGUAAAUAUGGGAACUAGAGAUAUUAAACAAUCGUUAAAAAUGAAACAGAAACAAGAUCGCAAUUUACAAUUGCCCGAAGAUACUGAACCAACCACUAUGUUGGCAUUAGGAUUGCGAGAAAUGCGAAUUGGUGAUGUCAAAGUCGCAAUGAAUUGUAUUAAUAAGGCCCUGGAUCUUGAACCAAAUGAUAAUAAUGCAUUAAUAGCACGAAGUAGAUGUCAUCUUUUACUAGGAGAGCCUCAAAAAGCAUUACAAGAUGCUGAAAAUGCAUUACAAUGCAGAAUGAAAAAUACCAGUAUGGCUAACGCAAUGUAUUGUAAAGCAGAAGCUUUAUAUCAUCUUGGUGAUUUUGAAAUGAGUCUUGUAUAUUAUUACCGUGGUAUGAGAAUUCGACCAGAAUGCGGACACUUUCGUCUUGGUGUUCAUAAAGCAAAAGAUGCAAUACAAAAUAUACUACGUAAAAAUUAA